AUGUCCGAAGACGAGCGGACUCUAGAUCAUCACACUGAUUCUGACAGUGAAGGGGAGGAGAGUGAGAUUGGCGAAGCGGUUGUGAAAGUUGAGAUUGAUCCGUCAAGGUUGACUCCUCUCUCUCCAGAGGUGAUCUCAAAACAGGCGACGAUUAAUUUGGGUAUGCCCGCCAAUGCGCCAGUGACUGAGGCUCAUGUAGAUCAUGCAGGUACGAUCGGUCAUGUCGCGCACGGCAAAUCGACAGUGGUGAAAGCCAUAUCCGGCGUCAUGACUGUACGAUUCAAGAACGAAUUAGUGCGGAAUAUUACCAUAAAACUUGGGUAUGCGAAUGCCAAAAUUUACAAAUGUGAAAAUGAUGCUUGUCCAAGACCUGGAUGCUACCGCUCUUAUCGCUCUGACAAGGAAGACAAUCCUCCAUGUGAGAGGCCGGGCUGUGGGUAUCGAAUGAAGCUCGUUCGCCAUGUCUCGUUCGUGGAUUGCCCUGGUCAUGAUAUUCUGAUGGCGACAAUGUUGAACGGCGCAGCAGUCAUGGAUGCCGCGCUACUGCUUAUUGCGGCAAACGAGACUUGCCCCCAGCCUCAAACCUCGGAACAUCUAGCGGCGGUGGAGAUCAUGAAAUUGGAGAACAUAAUCAUCCUACAAAACAAGGUCGAUUUGAUCAAAGAGGCACAGGCUCUGGAGCAUCAGAAGAGCAUAUCGGCGUUCGUCAAGGGAACUGUUGCGGAAUCCUCUCCCAUCGUGCCAAUAUCUGCACAAUUGAAGUAUAACAUAGAUGCCGUGAAUGAGUACAUUGUCAAGCGCAUUCCUAUCCCUGUCCGAGAUUUCAUGGCCGAACCCAAACUCAUCGUCAUCCGCUCCUUCGAUGUGAACAAGCCCGGUGCAGAGGUCGACGAGUUGAAAGGAGGCGUUGCGGGCGGCUCCAUUCUUACCGGCGUGCUCCAUUUAGGCCAGGAGGUAGAGAUUCGGCCAGGAAUCGUGACCAAAGAUGCGCAAGGUCGCAACAAAUGCAAACCAAUCUUCAGCCGCAUCAUUUCGUUACACGCUGAGAGCAAUCACUUGCAGUUCGCCGUGCCAGGUGGUCUCAUUGGUGUCGGAACACGUAUUGACCCCACACUCUGCCGAGCCGAUCGUCUUGUUGGACAAGUCCUCGGUGCUGUAGGCAAAUUGCCUAACAUCUACAGCGAGCUAGAAAUCAGUUUAUUCUUGCUUCGCCGGCUUCUGGGUGUUAAGACGGAAGACAAAAAGCAGACGAAGGUCACCAAGCUGGUGAAGAACGAGCUGCUGUUGAUCAAUAUCGGUUCUACGUCAACCGGUGGUCGUGUACUGAGCGUGAAAGCAGACUUAGCAAAAAUCCAAUUGACGUCUCCAGCGUGCACCGAGGUGGGUGAGAAGGUUGCGUUGUCGCGCAGGAUUGAAAAGCAUUGGCGACUUGUGGGAUGGGGGAGCGUUCAGCGAGGAACGGUGCUAGAAGUAGACUAA